ACGUUUAGACCCGAGUUGUCAUAAACGAUAAGAGAAGAGGAGUUGUCAUGAGAGGAGGGCGCGCCGGUUUCCAUUCACUUCCCCCCGCUCGCGCUCACUCGCAGCGCCCCGCCUCCACCUCCGCCCGAUCUCAGCCGGCACGCCCGUCAGCGGAGUGGCUCGAUGGAAGCCGCACCCGUGUGGUGAAGACGAAAAAUGAAGCCGGCGAUCCCGUGGUGAAUACCGUGACCGAGACCCUGAUCGAUCUCCACCGGCAUGCCCAGUUUCAGACUGGCGGGAUGCGCCUGGUCCGCCUCUACGGGUGCACUUCGCACAUGAAGGGCGCGUGGGACGGCGCCAACACUUACGUGAAGCACUCCCUCCGCAAGUACCUGCUGACUGAUGAAGCUAAGAACGACCCGGAGAAGGGGAUCAGGACGGCGGAGGAGGCGUGUCAAUGGUGCAGAGAAAGCCUCAACACGGUCAUGGGCAAGCGGAGCUCGAAGAAGUCGCGGCGCUCGGCGACGAAGCUGGACGAGAGGCGAUUUCUUUUCGUCGGGCUCAAGGACAUCGACCGAAGUGGAAACCUGGCGAAGCUCGAGUGGGAGACCAAGGAUCGCGUCCAGGCCUUGCACGAGCUCCACCUCGAGCCCGGCGAGGUUGAUCUGAAAGGACGGGAUCUGGUGUGUCGCUGCCCUCCGUGCCAACAGACUAUGGAGGGACCGUGCAUGUACCAAAAUUGGGUGGGCGCACCUCGGCACAUCAGCAUCCAACUGAAGAAGGUGACGGGCGAUCAGAUGGAGGCACUGCGCGAUCACUGCAAGUGCCGCAGGGGGCGGCGGGACCGAUGUCUGAUCUGCACCCACGUUCAUGAGGUCCACAGCAAACUGCAAUCGGGGAGUGGGCCAGCGUGAUGCGUGCGUGUACGGUCCCGCGCAGGCAUCCGCACUCUCGCUGAGACACUCCCGCGUCCUAUCGGGGCCGGCAUCCGGGCGUAUCGCGCGCCGCGGGCGCCGCUACCCCCGAGCGCCGUGAUCGGGACGCGUGCGGGCCCGGGUCACCCGCAUUGACGCCGUCCUGAGAGGCACAACUCAGUGCUCGACGGCGCGGGGAGCUCGGUGACGGCCGUAUCCGCUCCUAGACGGCUAUCCGCACGAUCGUAGCAAAUUUUUUUUUUGGUUACGAUCGCCCCUGAUGGCGCCGCGGGUUGUGGCCUCGGGGGGGG